AAAUAAAAAAAAAAAUAAAACAAGAACUGCGUACAAUCUCAUGCACAUUUUUACAUCCGACCCAUUUGGUAUAAAAAAUUAAGCAAUCAUAGCCAGAUCUGAAAAAAAUGUGCACCAACCCCAACCACCAGCUCCGCCUAGUCCUCUCAUGCCGCAAGCUGACAGCACAGGUGACUCAACCCACCACCGCCUCCAUCAUCGCCAUGGCUUCCUCUUCAGAGCAAGAGUUCAUCCCACUCUACCGCGCCAGACUCAACCGCUUCCCACGCCACAACCGCCUCUGGGACUCCAGAACCGCCGCCCGCGUCGGCGACAAGCUCGCCCUCCGCCUCCAGGACAUCCGUGUCUCCGCCGUGUCCAUCGAUCUACAGGAAGAGCUCUCUCGCCCUCUACACCUCCGCCAGUUGGUGCUUCCGUUGUUUGAUUCCGUGCGCCGCGCAGGCGUCCUGGUUCAUGGAGCUGAGAAGUUGUAGGUCGGUGCUGAUGUCCAGUAUUAGGAAUGGACGGUCAGGAUUUUAAGGGAGACUAAUUUUGUCUCUAGAAUUUUUUUUUUUUUUUUUUUGCAUUUUUA